UUCGUGUUAAUAUUUAUUUUCCGUUCGAAUUUAUUGUUUGCUGUUUGUGUGUUGUGUGUAAUCAUGGAAAAUAUCGUAAAACGUGAACGUUCCACGAAUUUUAACAAAAGCGAAAUAAGAUUAUUGACUGAAUUGGUGGCAAAACACCGUACUAUAAUUGAAAAUAAGCAGACAGACGCCGUAACCAAUAAAGAAAAGGAAGCAGCGUGGAUAAAAAUCAGUUCAUUAUUUAAUGCGGCUACGGGAUUUACAGCGAGGAGUACCAAGAGCCUGAAGCUUAAAUAUGAAGGCAUAAAAAAGGAAACCAAAAAAACAUUGGCCAAACAUCGGCAAGAGCUGUACAAAACUGGUGGCGGGCCCUCUUCAGCCCCAGAGGUUACAGAUAUACAGGAGAGGGUUAUCGCGAUAUGUUCGAAUAUCAAUGGGCUGGAUGCUCGAAAUGACAGCGACAAAAUUCCAGAACCUUUAGAACUGGAAGAGACUGCUAAAGUUGACCCGCUAUCGUUGCCACUGCAAUCAUUAGAAAAUAAUUUAGUAAUUGUACCAUGUGAUGACGAUAUUCCGUGUACUUUAGAUCAAGAAGAGUUUUGCCCGCAACAGGAUUUAAAGGAGAAAGUUAACAGUGAAAUUGGAAAUGACAAGGCCUUUGAUGACUUUCAAUCUAUAGAGAUACAGGAUAUGGAAGUGGAUCAAACUGAAAAAGAGAAUAAGUGGUCUUCAUGGAAGCCAAAGGCUUUAAAAACUAAGAUUAGUCCAUACUUGAAAAGUAAUCAAAAAAUUACUAAAGUUGGAGUGACUGCAAAACUGGACCAUUUAACUGAAUCUCGCUUAGAGCUAGUGAAGCUCCAGAAGGAAAUUGCCAUAAAAGAGCAUGAGUUUGUCAAACAGGCACACUUAUUAAAAAUGCAGAACCUGCAUAAUGAUGAAAGAAGGAAGCAGGAAAUGCAUGAAGUACUAUUAAGUAAGCUCCGUACUGGUGUAAAUUAUGGAACAAGUCCUUUAGAAAUAAUAAAUAAAGAUUUAUAAAAUGUU